AUGCUUGACAAAAAUUUUGAACCUGAUAUUUGUAAAUUAGAAGCGCUUGGUUUACUAUCAAAAUAUGAACGUUUUACAUUUAUGUUUUCUGCAACAUUUUCUGAUGAAGUUCAAAUAUUAGCUCAAGAUUUUAUACGUGAUAAUUAUAUAUCUCUUGUUGUUGGUAAACCUAAUGCUCUUAAUGAAGAUAUAUCACAAACUAUUGAAGAAGUGUCAAAUGCAUCUAAAAAAGAUCGACUUUUUCAAUUACUUGAACAAAAUCUUAGUACAAAAAAGAUUAUUAUUGCGAAAUUUACCUUUUUUUUUGCUUAG